AGGUCGACCUGUAACUAUGUAGGUAAUUCCAUCUAAGAUAUUAUCUAAUUGAAUCAUCUUCCUGAUGGUAAUACAAUAAUAUGGUACUGUCGAACUGAUCUGAUGAUUAAGCUGAAUAUAAACUGAAGUUCAUGGUGAAACUUCGUAUCAUAGUUGUGUUUGGAAUUGUUAAAAAGUCUUGUAAGGAUAGGUAUUAGCGUGCAUUUCUGAAAUAAAUGAUUUUUCUUUUUUGUAUUUUUUAAAGUAUUAAUUUUUAAAUGUAUUUCUUAUUAUUAAUUAUGUUAAAUGUAGCUUGAGUAACCUUGGUGAGACACACCGCAAUUUAUUGUUUACGUGACAUAAAGAAAUACCUGAAGAAGUCCGCUUUUACACGGAAUGAUUUGUCAUCAUUGUUUGUAAUGUACGAGUGUACCCAAUAAUGUAUUUCUCAAUUGCUGUUCACCUACAUUUAUUAAAUAUGUAAUUUGCACUACAUAGUAUUUGUCGAACACGUUUAGCCAAAUAAUGUAUAGUUGCUUGUUUUUAACAGCCUCUACUAGAUAGGAUAAACUAAGACAAGGUACAUUCACAAAGAAAACUGUUUCGCUUGAAUAUUUAUCGAGGCCCGUACCAUUUAAAUGGUGCGAUUCCAAUACAUGUUGCUUGACAUCCUAGGAUUUCGAACACUUUAUUAAUUUCGGAAUUUUACAUCUUGUUCAACAAACAAUGGUAAAAUUUAUCUAACCCAAAGUACAUAAAAAUAUUUUAUCUUAGCAAACAUCAUCAGAAACAAGAUAGAGCAUCUUCAAGCGGUCUUUAUCGUCACAAUCAUACGAGAUAACCAAACUAUAGAAAAAACACAGCUGUACGUGCCAUGCUUGAGGGAAAUCAACACGAACUUAGUAUGAUUAAUUUUUACGCCACUUUCCUAUGAUAUUUAAUGAGUAUAUAAAUGAUCCUCAAAAUACAUAGUACUAUCAUUCUUCAACAUCAGUCCUUAAUAUCAGUAGGAUAUUUUUUGUAGCAUUAAGUUAAACAUGCACGCCAUUAGUGCUGCUUUCUUUGGUACCCUAGUGGUAACCUGUGUGAGUGGAUACCCAAACUUAUGGAACAGCAAUCAACUAGCUCCAGUUCACGGACUCUACGUGAAACGUUCAAAUGACGGGGCCACAGGAGAUCUGUUCGUCGCUGCCACAGAAGAAAAUGGAGUGAAAUCACAAUGGGCGGUUGAUCAGCCGAUCAACUUCUUACCCGUCGCAGCUGCUGCUCAGCCUCAUGCUGCUGCUAUACCAGUAGCCUACCCUGCCAGUUACACAACUACACACGAAGAAAGUGCUACUCAAAAGCGUGCUGUGAUGCCAACUGCACCAGUUCAAUACGCCUACGCUAUGCCUGUGCAAUCUGGAACUCCAACUGAAAAUGGUCAGGUCGCUGCAUAUCCAUACGCAUACACAAUACCAUCGGCAACAACAGAAACGUCGGCUCCCAAAUGUGAAAAUCAAGCUAACGUCCCACAAUAUCCUUACCAGUUUCCCUUCCAGAUGUUUUAUCCUCAAAUGAUGUCUGCAUACACUAAUGCUAUGAGUAUACUGAAGGAUGCUGGCCUAAGUGAAGACUCAGCGAACACCGUGAUGUCCCAGGCUGCACCGACGUGGUCUCCCGCCUCCUACGCCUAUCCUAUGUAUGUGAUGGUAGACCCCAGUGCUUGGGCCCAAAACCAAGCCACAACUACAACACCCGCUCCUGCAUCACCAGCACCAAGCACGCCAUCCGAAGAAAGCAACAGUUAAAUUAUUUUAUAAGAUUAAAAA